AUGACGAAUAUCUCCGAGCCCGUGCUGCGCAUAACCACCAUCAACCAUGUUCCCCACGGCCAGUUCUUUCCCAACGGCAGCAUUCACCACAUCACGUUUGCCUCGGGACUCCUGAAGCUGCUGUGGGACACCGCGGAAACACUUGGAGUCCGGCACAACACCACCAUCCUACACAACGCCGAUUGGGGGGUCAAGCUGGCCAACGGUUCGUGGACCGGAUUCCUGGGUGAACUGCAGAGAAACGAGAGCGACGUGUCGUUCACCCUCUUCUACCCGACCAACUCGCGGAACGGGGUGGCCCAGCCGACGGCCAGCGUCUGGACCGAGGACGUGGUCAUCCUCGGAGCGUUCGGCAACGACACCUCGCAGGGCAGCAGCAUCGCGGCCUCCGUGGAGAUCUUCGAGCGCGACGUCCAGAUAAUGGUAGGCGUCAGUCUUCUCUUGCUGAGCUUGAUCGUAUCACUGGCGCCUGGUUCCUCGAAAACGUUCAUCUCAAGACUGGUGGAAAGCGUACUUAUGCUCUCACGGAGCAUGUGUCUUCAAGUCAAUCACGAACCGCCUCGAAGUCCAUCGUCCCGAAUCGUGGUGGCCACCUGGUGGCUGGCGGUGCUGGUGUUCGCCAACGUGUUCAACGGCAAGAUGAAGGCGGGCCUCACGGUGCGCCACAAGAGCGGCCACCGGAUCGACUCGGCCGCGCAACUGGCUUCGCGCGAGGACGUCCGUGUCUACAUGCUUCGCGGUCCGGCCUACCCAAUCCUGCUCGCGCGACCUGCAUUCCUGUAG